AGAAGCUACGACAAUGCACAAUCUAAGUCACCUUUGUCACUCAUGAAAUCUCAGUUCUUCCACUUCAACUCAGCUAUGUCAAUCUUAUCUCUCCAUGCCAACCUCUCCUCUCUACCAAUUUCCCUCUCCAUUUGUUCUUCUUCGUCCAAAGAUACAGAUAGUUCUUUGAGAAAGGAUUGGAGGAAAAAGUCCAAACCUAUCCCACCAGGUGGCAUCUACCCAGCAAAAGAUCAUUGCAGUCGUUGUGGGUUGUGUGAUACAUAUUACAUUGCCCAUGUCAAGAAUGCAUGUGCUUUCUUGGGAGAUGGAAUGUCCAGGAUUGAAAGACUGGAACCCGUUGUUCAUGGUAGAGGAAGGAAAACUGAUAACAUGGAUGAGACCUACUUAGGGGUAUAUGAGGAACUUUUAUAUGCUCGGAAACUUCUCCCUGUGGAAGGAGCUCAAUGGACUGGUAUAGUAACAACCAUCGCAAUAGAGAUGCUUACAUCAGGCAUGGUCGAGGCUGUCAUUUGUGUACAAAGUGAUCCCGAUGACAGAUUCGGUCCAAGACCUGUUUUAGCAAGGACACCUGAAGAAGUGUUGGCUGCUAAAGGUGUCAAGCCAACGUUAUCACCUAACCUCAAUACCCUGGCUCUUGUUGAGGCUGCUGGUGUCAAACGUCUUCUUUUCUGCGGUGUAGGUUGCCAGGUGCAAGCAUUAAGAUCUGUGGAGCAUCACUUAAAUUUGGAUAAGCUCUAUGUUUUAGGCACAAAUUGUGUGGACAACGGUACUAGGGAAGGGCUGGAUAAGUUUCUAAAAGCUGCGAGUGAAUCACCAGAAACAGUUCUACAUUAUGAGUUUAUGCAAGAUUACAAGGUUCACUUGAAGCAUUUGGAUGGUCAUAUAGAAGAGGUUCCUUAUUUCUGUCUGCCAGCAAAUGAUUUGGUGGAUGUUAUUGCCCCAUCUUGUUACAGCUGUUUUGACUAUACAAAUGCUUUAGCUGACAUGGUGGUUGGAUAUAUGGGCGUGCCAAAAUAUUCUGGAAUCAGUAUGCCACAACAUCCACAAUAUGUUACAGUCAGGAAUGAGCGUGGAAGAGAGAUGUUGAGUCUUGUGGAGAACUUACUAGAGAUUAGUCCAACAAUUAGUUCUGGGGAUAGGCGACCAUUUGUCAUGGAGACUGUUAAGGCUGAUGAUGAAGCUAAGUUAGGAAGAGGUCCUUCUCAACCUGCCCCAAAAUUUGUUGGAAAUAUUCUGGCUUUUAUACUAAACCUGAUUGGUCCUAAGGGUCUUGAAUUUGCACGUUAUUCACUUGAUUAUCACACCAUUCGCAACUAUCUACACGUGAAUCGUUUGUGGGGCAAGGAAAGGGCUGAUAGGCACAUGCCCACAUAUGCUAAGAAAAUUGUGGAUCUUUACAACCAGAACGGUCAAAUUGAGAAGAUGAUUUCUAACAAGUGAUUCUGACACUGUCAUGGAUAACUUCAAAGCUCAUAACAUUGAAUUCAUGAAAAUGAUCACCAGAUCAUAACAUACUCUAUAUUUGGCUAAAGAAGUGAUUUGCAGUUUGAACAGCACUGAGUUCAUACAAAGAUCAGGAUAGAGUAUUGAGAACAGUUUUUUCUUUGUUACUUUUUGUGGCAUCAUAUCAAACUUAUAACUCCAAAUUCUAAAAUGUUUUGUUCCUAAAUCACAGAUUGUAAAUCAGUGCUUUUCAAGCAAUGUUAAUAAUUAUUUUACCAAUUUAAA